GUCCGGUCAGUCGAUAUCCCAGCAUCCUUUGCGCGUCGACACGAAGGAGCGUAUUCUUCCGGAGCCCACCGAGGACACAUCGAGAAACCUCCCAAGUAUCGUUAAAACGUGAGAUUGAAGCUCAUAAAGAUGGCUGAUACUGUUGAGACAAAGAUCCAGAACUACAGGACGGCUCCCUUUGACGCCAGAUUCCCAAACACCAACCAGACCCGCAACUGCUACCAGAACUACCUCGACUUCCACAGGUGCACUAAGGCCCUCUCGGCAAAGGACCAGGAUGUGGCUCCCUGUGAUUGGUACCAGAGGGUUUACAAGAGCCUCUGUCCCACGAGCUGGGUUGGCAAAUGGGACGACCAGAUGGAGGGAGGAAGUUUCGCAGGGAAGAUCUAAAAUCUGCCGUUGGUGAUCAGGACAGUCCCCUGCAAGACCUUCUGUUACCGCACCCUUACCCCUGUAGUGUGCCUCAGGACAUUUUCAAACAGCUAACGCAUUAUCAUCAUUGAUGUUAACUUUAAAUAGAAAUACGCACAACUUUUUACCCUCCAUGUUGAGGUCUUAAGUUUUUUCCGUGUCAAUUUUAAACUUCUCUCUGACUUUGCUUUAUCAAUAAAUAAAGUGCAGAUUGAAAUAAAAGGAUGUGUUAAAUAACA